UGCCGUCUGACCAAGAUGGCUCAGGGCACCGGGAGCAUCAACAGCAACUACAGGGACUGGGAGUGGAGCGCCGAUGCCGGGGAACGGGCCAGGCUCCUGCAGAGCCCCAGUGUGGAGACGGUCCCCAAGAGCGGAGAGAGCCAGGGGGACAGCCUGGGGGCCACGUCCGCCCUGGGCGCUGUGUUCAUCGUGGUGAACGCUGCCCUCGGCGCUGGCCUGCUCAACUUCCCCGCCGCCUUCAACACGGCCGGCGGCGUGGCCGCGGGCAUCGCGCUGCAGAUGUGCAUGCUGGUCUUCAUCAUCGGAGGCCUGGUCAUCCUGGCAUACUGCUCGCAGGCCAGCAACGAGCGCACCUACCAGGAGGUGGUGUGGGCCGUGUGCGGGAAGGUGCCCGGCGUGCUGUGCGAGGUGGCUAUCGCCGUCUACACCUUCGGCACCUGCAUCGCUUUCCUCAUCAUCAUCGGAGACCAGGAGGACAAGAUCAUUGCCGCGCUGGUGACGGAGCCCGAGGGAGCCAGCAGCCGCCACUGGUACACGGACCGCAAGUUCACCAUCAGCGUCACCGCCCUCCUCCUCAUCCUGCCGCUCUCCAUCCCCAAGGAGAUCGGCUUCCCGGGGAGCGCCUGACGCUCUCUGAGCGUGGUCGGCACCUGGUACGUCACUGCCGUCAUCAUCAUCAAGUACAUCUGGCCUGACAAGGAGCUCGCGCCUGUGGAGAUCCCCACCAGCCCCUCCACGUGGAUGGCCGUGUUCAACGCCAUGCCCACCAUCUGCUUCGGAUUCCAGUGCCACGUGAGCAGCGUGCCCGUCUUCAACAGCAUGAAGCAGCCGGAGGUGAAGACCUGGGGGGCGGUGGUGACGGCGGCCAUGGUGAUCGCUCUUUUUGUCUACACGGGCACUGGCGUCUGCGGCUUCCUGACUUUUGGCACUAGCGUGGACCAAGACGUGCUGCUCUCCUACCCCUCCAACGACAUCCCCGUGGCCCUUGCCCGGGCCUUCAUCAUCCUGUGCGUGCUGACGUCCUACCCCAUCCUGCACUUCUGCGGCCGGGCUGUCCUGGAAGGCCUUUGGCUCCGCUACACCGGGGUGACAGUGGAGGAGGACGUGGUGCGGGAGCGGCGCCGGCGCCUGCUCCAGACUGUCACUUGGUUCCUCCUGACUCUCCUCCUGGCUCUGUUCAUCCCUGACAUUGGCAAAGUCAUCUCGGUUAUUGGGGGCUUGGCCGCCUGCUUCAUCUUCGUCUUCCCAGGGCUUUGCCUGAUUCAAGCCAAACUCUCCGAGAUCCAGGAAACUCGAACGGUCAGCUGGUGGGCCCUGGUCAGCUACGGGGUGUUCAUGGUCACGCUGGGAGCCUUCAUCUUUGGACAGACCACGGCCAACGCCGUCUUCGUGGAUCUCACGGCCUGACUCCUUCUCCAGGCUGCUCCGUGCUGCUGCUGAGGGGAAGUAGA